AUGGUAACUGUCAUAGAAAGAGUUCCAACUGUGAUAAACCGUCAAAGAGGAAUUCUCAAAGGAAGAGUUACAAGAAUUGAAAAUUUCCUAAAUACCGUUCAGUUGGAAGAAGAAACGGAAGUUCAACUGACAGUUAAAUUAGAAGCCCUAAAAGAAAUUCUAAGAGAUUUGAAGACCCUUCAAACAGAGGUACUUGGACUACCGGAUAACGUUGACAUAACGGAAAACCUUCAGGCAUUUGAAGAAAUUGAAAUUUCGAUUGAGAAUGCAGAGGUUGAUAAAGAAUCUUCUAAACAGUAUCAAAUGUCUCUUAAAGGUAAAGAUGUUGAAGGCUUCGAUCAAUUGCUAGAGUUUUUUGAAACUAGGGUGUCAAUAUUAGAAACCGUGAGUAAAAAUGCUCAAAAUAAACAACCUCUUAAAAACCUUGGCCCUUCGUCCCAAAAAAGCAAGGUGUUUGUAGUUCAAAAUAAAAAUAAUAAACCGAGGGUAUGUGUUUUGUGUAAAAACAACCACACAUUGUUUUGGUGCGUUGGAUUUCAUGACAUGAGUGCAUCUGAAAAAUUGAAAUUUGUAGAGCAAAAAGGACUUUGCAAAAAUUGCCUUAAUGCUCAUGUGGGGAUCUGUAAAUCAAAAUAUGUGUGCUCUGUUUGCAAAGACAAACAUAAUACCUUGUUGCAUGAUUCUUUAGAUGAAGUUUAUCAUACCGCAAUCGUUUCUGACUCAGAAGGUCGCAAUUUACGUAACCUUUCGGACUCCUCGCAAGGAAGUUCUACUGUUUCUGUAGGUCAGCAAAGAAAGGGCAACAAUCGCGUGGAAGUGACUUCGUUAAGUGAUUCAUGCUCUGAUAUAAAUCUCAUGACGGAAAAAUUAGCAGAUGUCUUGGGACUUAAGAAAUUGCUAGUCAAGAAUUUGUCUUUAAGUGGAAUUGGUGACCAUUCUGUACCAAUAAAGUACAAGGUCAUUUGCUGCAUUAGCAAUGCAGAUAGAACUUUUGAGAAACAGAUUGAGUGUUUUCUUGUUCCGCAAAUCGCGGCAAAAAUUCCGUCUAAGUCUUUUUCUAUAAACGAAUGUCAAAUUCCUAGUCACAUUGUGUUGGCUUGUCCAAAUUUCUUUAAGAGUACGGACAUAAAAUUGUUGUUAAAUAGUAGCUUGUUUUUUGAAAUUCUGCGACCGGAAAAACUGUAUUCUGAGGAUAAGAAAUUAAUAUUUCAGGACAGUGUUUUCGGGUACCUGUGUACUAACAGCACAUUACAGGAAACAGAUUUAAUUAACUGUUAUCUUACGGAAAAUUCUAAGUUAGAUACUACUUUGGAGAAUUUCUUUGAAAUGGAGUCUUUUCCCGGAGAUAAUAUUGAACCGACUAAAACGGAAGACGAAAAAUUUUGUGAGGAACAUUUUGUUAGAACUCACUCUAGAGAUAGUACAGGUAGAUAUAUCGUAAAAUAUCCAAUGAGAGAGAACGCGGAAUCGUUAUUAGGUUUUUCAAAACUUACUGCAGAAAAACGAUUGAAUAGUAUUUGGGCCAAAUUGAAUAAAAACAAUACUAUGGAAAUUUUGUACCGUGAUUUUUUGGCUGAAUAUUUAUCGUUGGGUCAUAUGGAAGAAGUGGAGGAUGUCGAAGCUGAUGAAAAACCGGGUAGGGUAUAUUAUAUCCCACAUCACCCAAUAUUUAAACCGGAAAAUAAAUCUACACCUCUGCGGGUAGUCUUUAAUGCUUCCGAAAAAACCUCAUCAGGAUAUUCUUUGAAUUCCAUUCUUCUAUUCGGGGGAACUAUUCAGCAAGAUUUGUUUUCGAUUGUGCUAAGAUUUCGUAAGCAUAAAAUUGCCUUUUGUGGGGAUAUUCGUAAAAUGUACCGUCAGAUACUAGUGCAUGAGUCGCAAAGAGAUUUGCAAAGAAUUCUCUGGAAAGAUAGCUGUCAGGCCCCUGUAAAAAUAUACAGGCUUACUACUGUAUCCUACGGUAUUUGCUCGGCCCCUUUUCUCGCGACCCGUGUGUUGCAGGCUUUAGCGGAUGAUGAAAAAUCGGAUUUUCCUAUCACUUCAGAUAUUUUGCGUAAUGACACAUACGUUGACGACAUCUUAACAGGUGCAGCGUCUGUAGAUGCCGCAAAACAGUCAUUAAUAUCAUUGCGUAAUCUUUUAAAGAGAGGAGGGUUCGAAUUACAUAAAAUUAUAUCAAACUCCACAAGUAUUAUGGCUGAUGAAGAAAAUGCUAAAUUAUAG